AUAAAUAUAAACUUCUCUGAAUACUCCUUUUAAACAGAACUAGGAGGACAACUACAUUGAAUUUCAGUUCAGUAAAUGAGUAGAUUACUAGUAAAUUACAAAUCAGAUUCAAGUCAGUUACAAUCAGACACGAGCUGACAUAACUAUAACCUUAAAGUUUGUUGUAUUACUACUUAUUAUUAUAAAUAUAUACACAUAUAUAUUUGCUAUAAUUAAUAAAAAAUAAAUGAAAUAUAAAAUAGAAAUUGUCAACGAUAUAACAGGAAUUAACGUAUUUUAAAUGGAUUUUGCCAAAAAGCAAUUAGAAAAAUAUGGUUGGAGAGAAGGGCAAGGACUUGGAAAAAAUGAAACAGGAAUAUCCAAAGCCAUAAAGCCUAAAUUAAAGUUCGAUACCUCGGGCGUAGGUCACAAUUCCGCUGAUGAAUUUAAAAACGAUUGGUGGAACAACAUCUAUAAUCGGGCAGCCUCCAAUAUAGAUGUAUCCGUUAAUUCUGACAAUAAUGUUCAACUUAAGUUAACAUCCAAAGAGUCGAUAGAUAUUUCAACAAAAGGCUAUAUGAAAGGUUUAAAAUGUCAAAACAUAAAUUUAGAAUAUGGUUCUUUCAUAAAAAGAUCUACACUUACUGAUAAAGGACUUGUUAGUGAAGCAGGCUCCUACAAUUUAGAUGAACCAAAUAAAGUUAAUGUAAGAGCAUUAACUGAUGAAGAACUAUUGGCUGCAUGUGAAGGAAGAACUGCACACAAAGGUGCAAGACAUGGCAUAAAACAAAGUGGAAAACUUUCCCGAAUAGAAAAACAAGAGAAAAUGCUUCUUAAGAAAUUAAAAAAGAUUUCACUGACUGAUAAUGAUGAUACUGGAAGUAGAAAGAAUUUAGAAAAGAAACUUAAAAAAAUUAAUGAUCAGAAAGAUAAAAAUAGAAUUGACGAUUCAGUUUCAACAAACAGUGUUGAAAGCACAUACAAAGAAAAGAACUACCUUGUUUCUUCUCCAGCCAAAUUAAAUAAAAGUCGUAAGAAACAAAGAAAACGAGUUUCUUUUAAUGAAACUGUUACUGAAUAUCAAACACAAGAAGUUGAUUCCAGUCCCCAAAGUGGAACAAGCGAUGGAAGUCCAUUGUGUAGUACAUCUACAAUUGCUGUCACUGUUAAACUUCAAGCUGAAAAUGACCCUACUCGUUCAGAUAAAUUAAAUGACCAGGAUGAAGGUAUUGACUGUCCAGAACUGGACUUAAAAAAUAGCGACAGCAAUUCCAACUCCGACGAAUUUGAUGUUUCUGUAUACAAGGAACUUUCAAAAAAAGAACGUAAAAUUUUAAGAAGAAAACUCAAAAAACAAAACGAAAGAAAUACAAAGACUGCGAUGUUCUUAGACGGUGUAAUAGAUAAGAUGAGCGAUGUUGACGUGGACGGGGAAAUACAAGAAGUAAACGGUAGAUGCCAAAAAUGUAGUAAACGUAAAUUAAAAUUUGAAGUAGAUGACUUGGAUGAAGCAGAUGUGAAGAAAAGUCAUUAUGAAAACAAGGAUGUUAACAGAUAUAAAGAGAAAAGAUUAAGAAAACAACGAAGACUUGAAAAACGAUUGAACAAAGUCGUCCAUUCGUUGCACAGUUGUAAAAUAUCUGAUUCUGAAUGAAAAUGUAAGUUACUUAAAUUAAUCUAAAUAAUUGUUUCACUAAUUAGAAAAUGAAAAAAGAAUCCGGUUGUUGAAAAGUUCCUAUGAAUUUUGAUAGGAUGAUUUUUUCUUCAUUAAGUUAAUAGUUCAGUUCUAACUUUGUAUUUAAAGUAUCUAAAGAAUUUAAUUGUUUUGUUGGAGUUCUUAUUUACGACUACACUCGUUUUAUAUGUUUAAAUUAAACAAAUAUUUCUAUAAUGAUUACAUACGCUACAUAAACACAUUUUAUUAAAAUUAAUACAACAUAACAAUAAUUAUUAAUAUAGAAAAAAAACUGCUAGGGAGUAAAAUGAUUUUUUCGGAAUUAAUUACGUAUUUUAUAAAUUGUUUAGGUGUUGUACUUAUAUUGCAUUUGACAUUAAAUAAUUAGUUAUGUAAUAAAGUGUUGUUUUUAGCAGAGUUGCUAGUAAAAGACAUAUUAGUUUACACAGUUAUUAUUUAAAUUAGCUGGCGUUAUGAAUAUACAUAUACCAUUGAUGAAUGCACUUUUGUUAUAUAUUUAAGUUUUUUGUCAGCUGAAUGUUUUUAUGUUUCCUUUAAAUAAUCAAGCGUUAACAAAAUACGUAUGUUCAAUGUAAUUAAACAAAUUGCGGGUUUACAAUGUCAAUAAAAAUAUAAACAAAUUUAA